AUGACACUUUGUAGGCUUCAACAUUCUAUUGAUCACUUGCCAGAGAAGACACAAUGGCCUUUUAAGGGUGCCUGGAUUCUAGCUUUUUCAUAUUUUAUAGCAUAUCUUGAGACCUUUGCUAUUUCAAACUUCCCCUAUUUCGAGUUUGUGGACCGGGCUUCCAUGUAUAAAGUUGGAUCCUUGUUUUAUGCAAUUUAUUUUAUGUUGUUUUCAAUGCAUAGGAUUGAUGAGAAACUAGAUAAACAAUGGGACUUGGCCCGAGUGGCCAUAGAUGCUUUAGGUGUUGCAAUGCUCGUCACUAUUAUACUCGACUGGUGGCGCAUUUUUCUCGGCCCUAUUGUCCCUAUUCCAGAUUCCAAGCAAUGCCUUCAACCCGGAUUGCCAUGGUUUCCCAGAAAUGCCUGA